AUGUUGAAGACAAGGAUGUUUGCAUGGGACUUAGCAUCUUCAUGUGUCAUUGAUGGGCCGAUCGCUGGAGCGCGUAACUACCUACUGGCAAACAAGUUUGCAAUUAGACAUUGCAUUGAUCCAUGUCCUUUGUUUGACAAAAUAAUGGAGGUUUUCAAUGACGUAUCCCCGGAAGAGCUGAUUGAAAGUGUGGGCUCCUGCUCGAGUAGUGAUCUAGCACACGACAUAGAUAUUAUCGAACUUUCUGAUUAA